GCCAGAUUGAUCCUUAAGUUUAUUCAUUGCUUACAUGUCAUUCGUAAGACUCAUUCAGAGUGAUGUGAAGAAAGAGAGAGAGAGAGAGAGAGAGAGAGAGAGAGAGAGAGAGAGAGAGAGAGAGAGAGAGAGAGAAAGAUGAGUAGUGCAGAUCAACCAUGGUAUACCCUUCUUCGCCUACCCAUGGACGAUUCCACUGAUGUACUCUUUCCUCCUCACACCUCCGUCUCUCCUGCAGACACUCUCAUCUCAAGUGAUGCCUUAAUGACUUCAAACAACACAUCAAGUGGUUUAGUGGAAUUCCAAGCCUCUGGUAGCAAAAUACCCAAUCAUGUAACUGAAAUUGACGCCAAAGACGAAAGUGAGUGUGCGCACAUACAUCAUGCCAAAAGUUUUGGUACGGAGGGAGAAAAAUCUAUUUUACUGUCAUUGAAGGAUAACAACAUGGAAAGGUCUGCCCUUGAUAACGGGAGUGAAACUGGUAACGGAAUUAUUGUAUCGAACAGCAGUAGACAAGGAGCUUCUGAGGGAAGCAACCCGAGCUUAAGAGACAAUGUUGACCUGAAGGGAAGGUACAACAACAACAACAACAACAACAACAACAACAACAACAGCAGCAGCAGCAGCAGAAGCAGCAGCAGCAGCAGCAGCAGCAGCAGCAGCAGCAACAACAACAACAACAACAACAACAACAACAACAACAACAACAACAACAAUACCAGCAACAACAACAACAAUAAUAAUAACACUAAAAACAAUAGCAGCAGUAGCAGUAGCAGAUGCAACAGCAGCAACAGCGGCAGCAGCAGCAGCAGCAGCAGCACCAACAAGAAAAAUAAUAACAACAGCAACAACAACAACAACAACAACAACAACAACAACAACAGCGAGCUCGGAAACAACAGAAAUUCUGUCUAUGAUGUCAUCAAAUCUUCUAUGCCCAUUCCAGAUAUUUCAAUCAACAACAUCCCAGCAUCAACUAGCACCAUUUCAUCCUCCAGUGCUCCGCAGUUCCUACAGGAGUGGGAUUUGCCUGAGGCGACCAUUUCGGAAAUUAACGAGUCUAGCUGGAGGCCAUUUGAUUGGAUAGAUGUAAAGGAACAGGAACCAACCAUGAAACCUGUUAUCUGUUAUCCUUAUUCUUCCUCUGCUGCUUUCAGAGCUGAUUCAAGAACAUUUCCAUUUCAGGAAACGAUUCCCAUAACAGAUGAACAAGUAAAACCCCAAGUACUGCCAUUCACUAAAAGUAGAACAGAAGCAAAACCAUUCCCUUACCAAGAAUUCGAUAUGGAAAACACAGAACUAUUUUAUGGCAACUUAUCCAAACAUACUGAUAACAAUAAUGAUAGCAAUAAUAAUAUUAAUGAUAUAUGUGUAACGAGGGAUGGAGGUCCACCAGGCAAUGAAAAAGAAAGAUUCUCCUGCUUCGACGUCUCAGAGCCUCAUCCCGCACCAGAAUGUUCUCAGAUGCAUCAGACAGAAUGUUUAUGCGUCGAACAGCUACGAGGCACAAAGGAACACUACAAACAAGAAUGGGCACAUAGGAAUUUGGCAGAGUAUUCGAAUGAAAAGACGGCAAAUAUUUACGGAGGAUAUUAUACGCAAGACACAAGCAGAGAACCAUACUUUUUGGAACAGACACGAGUGGGAAAACAUCAUUAUUCGAUAGAACACACACAGGAUUCCGGUGAACAUGUUUACACGGAGCACCAUACGCAAGACCAAUACGUAUAUUUCGAUGAACAAAAUUAUUCAUGUUCUUCAAGAGCCAUUCCACUCUUAAUCAAGGAAGAAAAGGGAGGAGAAGAAGGACCAGUUGGAUCAGGAGGAGGAAGAAAUCAAGACAGUGGAAGUGAAGAAUUAGGAGCAGCAGGAAGCGAAGGCUGGCUGACAGGCGAGGACUGUGGAGAGAAUUAUUGGGCUUUUUCUUCAAGCUCACACUGUUACAUAUACAGUUACUGUGGUCAGUCACACACUCUACAACUAACAGAAAGAUAUGUAAGAAACACCGCGUCACACUGGCAACAAGAUUCCGUCGCUUCUGGUGAUAUCUGGCAACUUCCUGGUCCUUCCCAAAUGGCGGUCGUCCAGGGAUCCCCCUCACCACAACUCCCACCGGUUGAAGAUGAUUUCAGCGCGGGAGGGAAGCGACAAGAGACGAAAAAAUGUGGGGUAUGUGGUGACAGAGCGUUAGGAUACAACUUCAAUGCCAUCACAUGCGAGUCCUGCAAAGCAUUUUUCAGGAGGAAUGCUCUUAAAAACAAGGAGUUCCGGUGCCCCUUCCAGGGUCAGUGCCGGGUUGACCAAGUGACCAGACGAUUUUGUCAGAAAUGUAGAUUAAGAAAGUGUCUGGAAAUCGGAAUGAAGAAAGAAUGGAUAAUGACAGAGGAAGAAAAGCGGAGAAAAAAACAGAAGAUCGAAGAAAACAGAGCCAGAAAAAUAGGUGUGGGACACGAAGAUGGCGACGUUCAGAAUACCAGAACAUCAACAUCGUCCUCGUCUUCACCUACAUUUUCAUCUCUGCCUUCAUCUGGUGCAUCCAAGCCCCAAGCCGUGGUCGUUGGAAUAAUAAGGGAAGAAGAGGUCCAGCCAACUAAGAUUGUCAGGCUAGAAGGAGACAUAGACAUCCACAAUCACCGAGCAGACACUCAGGAUGAGACCGCCAAUGCGCCAUCGGAUAUACGAGAUUACGAAUAUGUGGAAAACUCUCCACUGAGCAGUAACAGGAAUCUGAGCGCGGAAGACCGUGAUCCUCCUCUCCUGGCUUCUACUUUCCCACCCUCUCCUUCCCUCCACAGAACGGGAGAGGGGAGGGGCUCCAAUCCCAACCUGGUUGAUGUUUUCCCCUUAGACAUCAAAAGAGAGGUGGAGUACGCUGAUGACCUUGGAACGAACGUUACCGAAAGUAACAUCCACAGUAUUCACUACAACCAACUGAAUCACUCGCAAUCACUUCUACAUAAGUAUUUCUACCACAGUUCUCCAUCACUUUCCCCACUCACACCAUCAACAUCUCCUCCACUAGCAACAAUAGCAACAACAGCUGCAGCAACAACAGCAACAGCAACAAUAAUAUCAACAGCAAUAUCAGCAAUAACAACUGUAGUAACAACAGCAUCAGCAACAAAGGGAGCAGCAGCAGUAACAGAAGAAGCAGCACCAGCGAAAACAACAAAAACAUUAACAACAACAUCACCACCACCAAAAAAAACAACACGAACAAUAACAACAACAACAACAGGAGUAGCAGAAUUAGCAGCAACAACAACAACAACAAAAACAGUAUCACCAACGCCACCACCAAAAACAACAAUAACAUCAUCAACGCGGCGGCAGACUUCAAAUGACAACGGCGACAUGGAUUGUCAUGGAUUCAGUGUAAGAGAAGCAAUGGCAAUAUUACAUCCGGAAGAGAAGAAUACUGAAGGAAGCCCUUCUGCUGCCUCAGUUCUGGACGCCUUACUAGACACAACCAUCAGGGCUGAAUUUGCGUCGACAUUUUCGGGCAACCCAACUCCCACAGAUCUGCAAAUUCUGAGCGAGGCUGAGCGCAUUAAACUGGAAGAGCUUAGCGAGGCUAACAAAGGCAUUCUGGCACCACUCAACGAGGACUACAAUUUUAAGGAUCUUACCAACCCAUCUUUAAUAAACAUAAUCAACCUGACUGAGAUUGUAAUACGACGUCUUAUCAAAAUGGCGAAGAGAAUCAACUCAUUCAAGAACCUCUGUCAGGAGGACCAAAUUGCACUGCUCAAAGGAGGAUGCACAGAGAUGAUGCUCCUGCAUUCUGUCUCUGCUUACGAUCCAGAUAAGGAUUCUUGGAAGAUACAACAAGAUCACUCCAGAACUAAAGAUAUCAAACUGAAAGUACUUAAAGCUGCCACAGGAAAUCUCUACGAAGAACAUAAACGUUUUGCACUGGCCUUCGAUCCCGAAUGGAAACAAGACCCACACAUCAUAUUUCUACUCUGUGCCAUUACGCUGUUCAGCCCAAAAAGACAACACAUCAUCCAUACCGACGCCAUCCGUCAGGAGCAGGGUUCCUAUCUGUAUCUUACACGACGAUACCUGGAGGCGCGUUACGGCAUCUGCUUGGGCCGUUCCACCUACCACCAGCUGUUGCAUCGCCUGGCCCAUCUGCACCACCUUAGUGAGGACCAUCUACGUCUCUUUCUAGAGGUGAAUCCAACCCAAGUAGAGCCUUUAUUGAUUGAAAUUUUUGACUUGAAACAAUGGUAAUUUAAUUUCAUUGCUUUUUUUUUUUAAGAAAAAUAAGCGUGGCGAAUACUAUUUUUGUCAAACCCAACAAAAAGACGUUUAGAUAAUUAGUUAUUGUAUUUAUGGUGAUUUAGUGAAGGUGAUGUAAACUGUAAUUUCAUAAGCAACUCCAGUAAUUUUCUACAACAAAGUAAAAACCGUAGAUGAUUAUGUACUUACUCUUUGAAGGAAAGUAAUACAUUUAUAGAAUAAAAAAAUGCACUGUUGAACUGGAUCUCCCUAUAAGAAAUAUAAUUUACAUUUUUCUUUUUUUGUAUCACUACUAUUAUCAAAUAUAUCUAUGUUCUAAUGAAA